AUGUGUUUCAAGGUCAUGGCCUACCCUCUAACACAUUCCAAGUCCCACAACGAAGUUGUGAAUCCGAGUGGCAUUCACAUCAUCGACUGUUUCAAAAGGUUUGCGACAAAGUCUAGAUCUAAGAAGAAGUUGCACAACUUUGACUGGGUUCCUAAGCCUGAGGAUGAACGCCAGACCUUGAGUAUUGAUGCCAAACCCAAGAAAUAUGGCUCAUCUGUCGCGGUCAAUCAGCUCAAGACUGAUUACUCCCAAGCCACCGUGAACUACCUCAAGUUUAAGGCAAGGAAGGCUGAUCUGAUGAAUCAAUCGUGCUACGGAAAGCUGUCUACAGAUGACUACGAUAACAUGUCAGACUUGGUCAAGGUAAGAGAAGUCGAGGUUAACGUGAGAAGGCCGAGGAAGGCUGUGAGUGAGGUAGAUGGGCCUAGUGUUGAAGUAGGUAACACUAAUAUGGUCUAUAAGAACAGGAGGCACAGAGAUGACAGAAAGAGUUGUAUCGAGCAUGUUAACAAUGUUAGUAGCCUGGAAAGGCCGUACGACAUGAAUAAGAGCUACACCACAUUGGAGGGGUCUUCCGUGGUUUGGAACGAUGAAUUGAAACCGAUUAGAAAUGACGAAUUGAGAAGGUCUUUCGGCCAAAGUUAUGGUAAUUUGUUUUGGACAAAGCUUUUGAUUGAUUUGGUUUUUAACUAGUAGCUACUAUAGUAGAGUCAUAAUGUGCAAUAUGUGUUCAUAAUACUGUGUAGAUGUUGUGGUGUUAAUUAAAAUGUAUUUACACUCAACCAUUACUAAAUAACACUUUGUAUACUAAACUACUGUCAAAACCUAUUUUUGCCUAUUUGUUGACUAAUUACUUAUUAAUGAACGACUAACCCUUUUAGUAGUGUUGCGACGCCCGCGGCCGGUCUCGUGCUACGGUGGGAUGGCUUCAGAUGGUUUGUUUGUGACUGUUUUUACUUCUUUCCUUCUCGAGUAGCAAGGGGAUCUUCGGGAGGGACAAGUACACUCUCUGGCCACAUUCUGGCCGUUUCUCUCGCCAACUUUCCGUUGUUCUUCUGAAUUCUUUCGAAUCGCCUUCUACUAUCUGCUAAUCUCUUUGCGACUAACUUUCGACUGUUCUCGGCGUUAUAGAACUAAUGCUUUGUUGUUUUAGGUUAUAGUGUAAACACGGGUGGCUCAGCAUCGACGUUCUCUCCGCCAAUUGUGGCCGAGCCACAUCAGCCGAGAACCUACCUGGAGGCCGCAUAUCAACCGUCGGAUGUCGUGUUUGGAGAUGGUAAUGGGGAUGGGUAAGACUGUUUUUUGAUUAGUUUUAUAUUUUGAUUUUUUUAAAUUUUUUGAAUUUUACAAUGUUAGGAGAUGUACAGUUGAAAAGACGUAGUCACUAGCGAAAAUGUGUGAAUUUGUCCCAUGAGGAUUGGUUUUUGCUUGCGAAGAUUUAUGGAUGUAGGUUGGGGCUGGUAAUUAAAUUAUGUUACGUCUUCUGCUCUUGAGAGCGCGCUUUUGUGUUUUUGCAUACUUGAUGGGACUCGACAUUUGAGUAAGGGGCCAAUAUCUAAAAUUAUGAGAGAAUAAAGUAGAAUUCUUAUAAGAAUGGCAAGGAAACAGUCAUAUUCUGAAACACAAACUGAAAAACGACCCUGAUUAGGGGCUUUGUUUAUAUUCCUCGAAGGAAGGCUGUUGACCUUAAGUCGAAAGGCCUGGGACUUGUGAAACGCUCCUCUUAUUAGGCCUGUGCCAACGGCGAGGAAAGAGGGCGCGCGAGGGCAGAUGCGUCUAGAGAUUGGGACAGCGAGUAGAGCGUAUCGACCGGGGCCUGGCGUUUAUUUAUAUUAAGGAUGGGUACUGGAGGAACGUCGUCUAAAAGCAAGCACAGGCGACGGAUCAGGUAAUUAGGGGAUUAGCUGCGAUGUAAUCUGUGUAAUAGGACUAAUUGCGGUAUUUAAAUUUUUAGGUUUUAAAUUGAAGUAGGAGCUGAUUUCGGAGGGUCUAGAGGAAUAUUGACAUAAGGAAAUAAUAUCAAUAGAGUUGACUUUUAUUAUUGACUUCCAAAUGUUUUUUAGGUACAAAUAGGGCAAAUUUGAAAAUUAAAUUAAAAAUGACAUAUUUUUUAAUUUUAAUUAACUUUGACAUUUUUAGUGCUACUUUCGGAGAGUACGAUGGAGACCAGACUUUACAAACAGAAAGCUUCCAUACGGCGAUAAACUCCCAUUCCAGAGAUGUGUCACGACAUCCUUCUAUGAAUCAUCAUUAUCAACGUGAUCUCUACUCUGUGGUACAGCCAACCCGAAGAAGGCUCGAGAACAUCGACGAGGGAAACAAUUUGUAUACACGAGAUUUGAAAACGUAGGUUAUAUUAUGUUUGUAGUUUUGGUCGAAAAGUGCAUGGAAUUUGCAAUAAUGGAUCAGUUUUGUUGUUUUGUGAACAACUUGUGAUCAUUCUAUGUACUUUUUGACCAAAAUAAUGGUCGUUCAUUAUUUUUUUACGAAAUCGUUGUUAGUUUUACUUGAGAGUUUGUGUUUUCAUGGUUGAAUAUUAAAAAUAACUUAUUUCAGGACUUUUACUGGCUACGUAGAUUACGAAAGGAAGUACAAAGACUUGUUAGCCAAGCAUGACAAAGAAAUGGAAGCCAAACACCAGAUAAUGAAGCAGCUCGAUCAGAUGGCCAAGGAAAAGGAGAGGGAAUCGGAAGAGAAGGAACGAUUGGCCAAGAAAUACGAAGAGUUAGAGAGCAGAUACGAAAGGUUGAAGGCCGACAAGGCCAGUAGAUUGUACGACUAUGUCAAACAUUGUUCCAAUCCAGUAAGUCACAUAUAUUUUUGAUUUUUUCCAGUUGUUUUCAUGAGAUUUUAAUGCGAAAAUGGGAUAAAAACAUAUUUUCUAUGACAUUAUUAACGUAAAUGAUACAAUUUUUAUGGUUUUCCUAUCGAGCUCACUUUAUUGCCAUUUCAGAACACCCCAAUCACGGAACGACUCGAAGAAGAGCUCGAGAAUCUGACCAACUCGACCACCUCGAUCUCCCUCUCCGACCGACCUCCCCUCCCAUCGUCACGUUCCAUGAACUUGACUCCUUCGACUCGUCACAACCAAUCAUUCCAGCGACGUCCAACUUCUCUGAUCGCUACACAUUCUCUGCUCAAGAAGAACUACGUCCCGACCCCAAAUUCGGCAGACAGAUGUAAAUUACCAUCCAAGAAGGACAUCCAAAGCCGGUCAACGUCAACGACGCCUGAUUCUGGAGCGUUAUCAGUGAACGGAGAGCUGGGCUUAGAAAUAGGGUUGAAGAUGGAAGAGGUGAAGAAGAACAUGUUGUUCAUGGGCAAUGUGCUGGACAGACUGACAAAGAACGUCAACAACCUGUUGGACGACAAUUCCUUCAACAUGUCAGAUUUCAUAGGUAAGGUUUGAAAGUUUUCGGUCGAUAAUAUGAGGUUUAAAGCCGUUUUCUGUCUAUAUGAAUAUUAUUUUAAACCCUACUUCUUAAACCUUAAUGUUUUGAUUCCAGAUGUGGCUCUGUCCGUGGGAAUGAGUUUGGACACUUCGAAGAGAGUAACGGCCGAAGAGAUCCACUCCUUCCUCGAGCUCCAUUCUAAACAGUUGUGGAGCUUCGCCGAUCAGGUUGAUGGCCUCGAUUUGUUGCUCACUUCGCUGGCCAUGAGGAACUGCGACAAGCCUUGUGUCAUUCAAUAA